CCGGAAUUCCCAGCCCUGUCUCUGACUCUCUCUUCUCAGUCGCCUUUUCUUCUCGAGUUCGAACCUCAAAAACCCUAAAAAUCGCUUCUUUAUCAAUGGAAGAAGAUGAGCGAAUCAAUCUCUAAGCUAUGAUCUUAAUCCAAUCAUGUCCCUAAUCUCAAAGAAUGCUUAUUCUCACCCGCGGUCUCCGCACUCUCCGCUCCCCACUCCAAAACCCUACCAAAACCCUCCCCCUUCGUCCUCACUUCUCCACUUCGCCCCAAAACCCCAGCUCCGAUCUUGACCUCGCUAAAAUCUUCGCCGCCGGUAACUUUGCUGACCCUCGCCUCACUUCUUUGUUCUCCUCGGCCUCAGCCAGCGCAAGGGUUUCUGGGGUUUUAGCCCAGCUGAAACAAAACCCUAGGUCAGCAUUUCAAUUCUUUAUCUGGGCAUCAAACCAAAGGAAUUUUAGACACACUGUUGAAUCCUACUGUAUUGCUGUUCAUAUUUUGUUCAAGGGUCGGAUGUAUUUUCAAGCUCAGCAGCUGCUGAAGGAGCUUGUGCGAGGUAAUGGGGCGUCGUUUGAAUGUGAAAAGUUGGUAGACUCACUUCGCUCGGCUGGGAAAUUGUUGGGAAGUUACAAUUUUGGCGUGUUUGAUGCUCUUUUUGGGGCUUUGGUUGAUUUGAGUAUGCUUGAUGAAGCCAGUAAGUGUUUUUAUAGGAUGAGGGAGUUCCAGAUUUUGCCCAAGCUGAGGUCUUGUAACUAUUUGUUGCAGAAGUUCGCGAAGUUGGGGAGCAGGGAAGCGUCAAAGAGGUUUUUUGAUGAUAUAAUGAGGUCAAAUUUGUCUCCUACUGUGUUUACUUUCAAUAUUAUGAUUGAUCUCUUGUGUAAAGAGGGGGAUUUGGAGGCUGCAAGGGAGGUUUUUUCAAAGAUGAAAGAGAUUGGCUGCUCACCGGAUGUGGUUACUUAUAAUUCCCUCAUUGAUGGCAAUGGGAAGUGUGGGGAGUUGGAAGAAGCGGAAAGACUUCUUGAUGAGAUGAAAAGGGCUGAUUGCAAGCCUGAUGUGAUAACCUAUAAUGCACUCAUAAACUGCUUUUGCAAGUCUGGAAAGUUGCCAAAGGCUCUUGGUUACCUAAAUGUGAUGAGGAGGAAUGAUAUUAGACCCAAUGUGGUUACAUUUAGCACUUUCAUUGAUGCAUUUUGCAAGGAAGGAAUGAUGAAUGAGGCAAUCAAGUUCUUUGUUGACAUGAGAAUCAAAGGCUUAUCACCCAACCAGUUCACAUAUACUUCUUUAAUAGAUGGGAAUUGUAAGGCUGGGAACCUUAAGGAAGCUUUGAUGCUGGCUGAUGAAAUGGCAAGGGAGAAAGUGGAGUUUAAUGUUGUUACAUACACGGCUUUGGUGGAUGGGUUAUGUAAAGAAGGGAGGGUUGCAGAUGCAGAAGAGUUUUUCCAAGCAAUGGUUAAUGCUGGUGUUGCUGCCAAUGAAUUGAUAUACACUGCUCUUAUUCAUGGGCAUUUCCAGAAGAAGAACAUGAAGAGGGCAAUGGAUUUGCUGGCAGAAAUGAAGGUAAAGGGUGGAAAGGUAGACUUGUCUUUGUAUGGCACUCUUACAUGGGGCCUUUGUACUGAAGGAAAAAUCGACGCAGCUAGGUCUCUAGUUGAUGAGAUGGAUAAGCAUGAUAUGAAGCCAAAUCACAUUAUAUAUUCCAUUCUCAUAGAUGCUUACUUUAAGGCUGGAAAGGCUUCAGAAGCACUUGGUUUGUUUGAGAAAAUGCUAGAUUCCGGUAUUCUUCCCACUGUUGUCACUUAUUGCUCCUUAAUUGAUGGGUUAUGCAAAGAAGGGUCUGUUCAUGAGGCAACCAAUCAUUUUAAUAAAAUGAGAGAAUUGGGUUUGCAGCCUAAUGUUCCAGCUUAUACAGCCUUGAUUGAUGGCCUUUCCAUAAAUGGUCGUUUGGAAGAAGCCACCAAGCUCUUUGAUGAAAUGGCAGAGAAGGGGAUGGCACCAGACAAAAUCACAUUCACUUCUCUGAUGGACGGACAUUUGAAGCAAGGAAAUUUUGAGGAAGGCUUUGCACUGAGGGACAGGAUGGUAGAAAGUGGGCUUGAUCUUGACUUGCAUGCUUACACUUCUCUCAUAUGGGGCUUCUGUAAUCUUGGGCAAAUUGAAAAGGCAAGGAAAUUGCUGACGGAGAUGAUUAACAACGGAGUUGUUCCUGAUCAGGCUGUUUAUAACUGCCUGAUAAGUAACUAUCACAAGUUGGGAAAUAUGGAAAAAGUCUUGGAAUUGCAAAAUGAAAUGAAAAGCAGGGAUAUAGACCCUGAUACCAGAUUUGAUAAUGUGCCAGGUUACAAAACUUGAAAGGUUAUGAAAAACAUGCAGCGCCAACCCGGCCAUGUAUCAUCAAUUUGGAAUAGAACAUCCUGGCUCCAUAAUGGUUUUAAUUGAUGGAGUUGUAGCCCCAAGGCUUGGGGUUUCUGAAAGGAAAACAUUUCCUGGAUGUAAAUUGCAGCCUGGAUCUUUUCACCAUCCGCUAAGGAGUAGGUGGAUUUCUGUACUUUAUGAUUCACAGGAUCUCUCUGCUCUAAAGAUUGGCUGGCGGGGUCUGGAGGCAAUAAAUCGCAGCCAAUCUCUCAAAUUGAAAGCAUCUCUCCGAGGUUCCAAUAUGUUCUGAGCACGAGUGUGAGCUUUUAGAUGGCUUGAUUGUGAUGUAUACCUUUUGUCAUCAUACGGAAGCGGAACAUGUUGGCUGGAACCUCACUCUCCAUUCAGUACUGAAUUUGAGAGAAGAAGAUGAACCUUGUUAGGGAGGCUGUUUGAACAUCUAUUUGACCAUAAGAGGAUUCACGAUCUCAACCUGGUGAUCUUUUACCUGACAAUUUUAUAUUAUAUUAGUACAGGCAGUGAAAUUCCUGAUACUGUGAGAUUUAUAUGGCUGCAAUUAUAUGAAUAGUUGAUGCUUUGUUUGAAAUAGCUGACCUUUUAUUCCCUAGCAGUCCAUCAUUGCUAAUGAUGAACAUUGCAGCUUGGAUCUUUCAUUUGGUUUCUUACAAACUGCUGAAGAUGCUGUGAGUGGAAACUCUCAAGGUAUUAUGGAUACCAACAAAAAAAAAAUCCUGACCAAAACAAAUGAACACUGCUGUAUCUCUGUGACCUUUUUUUAUUUUUGUAGAGGGAGAGGUAUUCCUAGAGGAUUUUGAUUCUUGGGUAGAGGCUCACUCCUUAUUCUUUGAUUCACUGGAGGAGCUGAGCUUUGGAUUUGUGCAAAUAAAUAUCAUGAAUAAUCCAGCAUUCUUUGUUUCAACUGCUUUCUGAUAAUAGGAGAGCCUCAGUUUUGUUGAAGUUUUUGUAUCUUUGCUUCAAAUGCCUGUAAGAAGUGAGCCUCAGUUUUGUUCAGUUUUUGUUGUAAUAUGUACUCUAUCAAUUGUAACCUUACUUGAUUCAUUAAAAUGAGUAAAGAACAGGAAAUGAUUCAUUCAUAAGA